AGACUCUCUUCGUCUCUCUAACAUUUUUUAUCCCGUCCUCUCCGGGGAAGGAAAUUAGAUCAAAACAAAAGUGACCGUAUCGACUUUGUUUUCUUUCUCUUGGUGGGUUUUUAAUAUAUAUAUAUAUAUUGAUAUAUUUAUUUAUUUUGGGCUUUUUGUUUCGGUUUUGUUUUGACUAGAGGGAGGGGGAGGGAAGAGAGAGAGAUUGGUCUCUCUGGGAGUGUCGUUUUCCGAGAUAUACUCUCGAGGAACACCAGACCCAAAUCCUUCUCCUUUCCUUCCAUGCCUUUCUGGAAUUCCUCUCUUUUCUUAAUUUUUGCCCAUUUCAUUGCUCACUCUCUCUCUACAAUGUCUAUUUGAAGUAGAUACAGAAGGGUCUUUCUUUUACUCCACCCCUCCUUUAAGUUCUCUCCUUUAGUCUUCAAAACCCAACAUAUCAAGGCGUUUUCUUUCCCAUCUUUCCAUACUUCAGACAAGCCAAGAGAGUAAUCUUCUCUCUCUCAAAAACAUCCAACAAGGUCAAAAGCCUCCAGCAUCAGUUACAAGCUCAGUUGCAGUCCUUCAUUUUGUUUCUUCCCCCCUCCUCUCUCUCCUCUCUCUGUCUCUGUCUCUCUCUCUCUCAAUUUGGAUUUGGAUUUGCACCAGAGAAAGACCAUCCAUCAUUUGGCAAUAUAAUCCAAUAAAAAUGCCCUUGGAAGGGAUUUUCAUUGAACCCACUUCAAACCCACUUCCUGACCUCUCUCUCCACAUUAGCCUUCCCAAUACUGUUGAACCAGACACCAGUUUCGACGUCUCCGGCCGCCGCCAAAACCAUAAGUCCAGCACCACCAGCGCUUCUUUUGCCGCCGACAGCUCCACCGAGCUCUCUCUGGCACACCCUGCGACCUCCCUCGACGACGGCCGGGCCGUCCUUUUCCGCAGAAAUUUCACCAGUGGAGCCGAAGAACAGCCGCCGCGAAACCCUUAUCACCACCGGAGCCAUCUAAUCAGCCACCCUAGUACCCAGCUAAAUCACAUCAACCACGGCGUGUCUUUGCUCGAUGUCUCAGACAGCUUGCGUCCGAUAAAGGGUAUUCCGGUUUAUCAAAAUCGGACAUUCCCAUUCCUGCCUAUGGAUCAAACUAGGCAAGAUAGAGAUCCGAGGGUUUCGUUCUACCACAUGUCUCAUCCGCCAUGGGCUUCUUCUUCUUCUUCCUCUCUUUGCUCCUCUUCCGUGUCACACUCGCCGUCGUCACCUUAUGUUGGGGCAAGUUUGGAUCCUAUGUCCAUCUUGAACGCGGGGCCUAACGCAUCUUCGUCGUUGCCUUACCGGAUUGGUGGUACCACAGGCAGGUUUAACGGGCUGUCGCCGCCGUACCAAUUGCACCACCACCACGGCCAGUACGGCGUCGGGCCGUCUCACCAUGAGGGGAUGAUGAGAUCAAGGUUCAUGCCGAAGCUUCCCACCAAGCGGACCAUGAGAGCGCCUAGGAUGCGCUGGACCAGUUCCCUUCAUGCUCGAUUUGUUCAUGCUGUUGAGCUUCUUGGUGGCCACGAAAGAGCUACUCCAAAGUCAGUUCUUGAGCUCAUGGACGUGAAGGAUCUAACACUAGCUCACGUCAAGAGCCAUUUACAGAUGUAUCGAACUGUUAAAACAACUGACAAGCCUGCAGCUUCCUCAGGCCAAUCGGACGGGUCUGGAGAAGAAGAUAUCUCCACAUUGGGCAGCGCAAGCGACCGGAGCGGCGGUGGUUUACGGCGAUUCGCCGAUCAAAGGGCUUCUUCUGAUGGGUCUUUGCAGCAAGAAACGGACUUUCCUUCCACUCUUUGGAGUAAUUCUUCGAGUGGAGAGGCUUGGCUGCAAAACGACAUGGAUGCAUUCAGACCAUCUAGCUUGCAACCGCAGCAAAGAUCUGGACACCAGAUAGAGGGAAGUGAAUUGAAUGGCAAUAAGAGUUAUUUAUGUUCAGAUUUGAAUCAGAAGAAGCCGAGCUUGGAGUUCACAUUAGGCAGACCGGACUGGCAGGAGAAAGAUCGCGCUUGAUUAGCUAUAUAAUAAUUAAAUUAAGGGUUCAUUUGAUGAUCAUUGAUUAAUUAGCUGUGAUUUUGCAUUUGAUGAUCUGGUUAACUGCUAUCUUCAUGAACGAAAACAGAAGGUAUAGAUAUAUGAAGAGGGAAUGGUGAGGAUCAAAAGAAGAAAGAAAGAAGAAAGUAAAAUGAUAAAGAAAGAGAAGCAAGAUUUCCUCCAUCCCUCCCUGUUAAUCAAUUCUCUUUUUGUAUUCAACUUUCUUCUUCCUUCUUUUCAUGUUAAGCCAUCUUAAUUAGCCGAUGCAUCUCUCUCUCUCUCUCUCUCUUUCCAAAAGUUAAUAG